AUGCGCGCCAAAGGCAAACUGUCCAACACAGCUCGCAGCGUGGGCAACCCGUGCGUUCAAGCUGGAAAAUCUCUUUCACGCGAUGCCACUCGCAAUGUUAUCGCUGGGGAGUCUAAGUGGGCCGCUAUAGAGCCCUGUCAGCUAGAGCGCAAGCAGCUCGUCAGCCCCCAAAUCCAGGAGACGGACGCUCGCAUUAUGAAGGUCUUUAAGGCAAUGGACGGCAAGGUGGAGGCUAUCACAGGCAAGGUAAUAAAGGCCAUUGCUCUUCGCGUGAACGUGUAUGGCGAGAACACCACGUUGAAGCUCUCUAAGGGCUGGCUGUAUAGAUUGCAAGAGCGUCACGGAAUCUCCAAGAAGCGGAAGCACGGCGAAGCUGCGUCAGUUGACCAAGAGGCAGCUGAAGCCGGACGUGUGAAACUUCGAAAGCUGACGGACUCGUACGCCCGGUCCGAGAUCUGCAACAUGGAUGAGACCUCGUUCUUCUUUCGGAGCGAGGCUAAGUACACUCUCACGCAGAGGAAGGUGUUCUCUGGACGCAAAGACCCCAAACAUCGGCUGACACUGGCUCUAGAUAUCUACACCGCUCUUUGUUGGAGUAAGGUGGCCUACGACGAGAUCUCACCCAAAACCAUUCAGAACUGCUAG